AUGGCCUUCCUGACCAUGUUCACCGAGUUCUCAGCCACUGCGUCUUCCGCCAUGUCCUCCGCUGCGGACGCGCUGGCGCGGCAUGAGACACUGCAUUGGAGGAGGAAAUUCGCACAGCUGGCCACAUUGAAAGGGCGUACCGAACGCCGCGAUCCGCACUCUGGAGUGCUCGCGGCAGCGGUACCGGACGAGAGCACGGUGCUGGCGACGGUGUUAUGGACCACGAGGCAGUCGGUGGAAGAGUUGUGGACCUUCGCAGACCCUUCGCUGGCCGAAGAAGCCAUCGUCACGUUGCGCUUCACACUGCGGAGCAAGAAGCUGCGAAGCUUCUUAGUGCUGGUGCCCGAGGAUUUGCCCAGCUCCAUUGCCCGCUUCCUUCGAGCAGGCGGACUGAGGCUGGGACGUGUGAAAGGCUUUUUCGCCUGGCCGACCGCCGGUGGCAUUUGGACCGCGAGCCAAUUGCCAGGUGGCGUUGGUCCCAUCUACGAUUGGCCCAAGCUGCUUCUGUGGGGCCUCCACUACCAGAAGAUCAUCUUCUUGGACGCCGAUACACUGCCGAUCACCCCAGACGCCUUGGAGCGCUUGGCCUCGCCGCUGGGAACGCCUUCCGUCCACUUCGUGGCCGUGGGCUUCCACGAAGGCCGGGAGAUCAACAACGGUGUUUUCGCGUUGCGGCCCUCCCAGCAGCUGCACCGCUGCUUGAGCCGUAGCGCAGAGGCUGGGACCUAUUUCCGCGGCCCCUUCGCGGAGGAGUUCCGACGGCGUGGAGGCACGUGGAUGGCUUUCCUGGAUCUUUUUUGGCAGCAUGAGGCCUUCCCUUGCAGUGGUGCCCAGCAUGUGCUUGUGUCCCAGGUGUUCAACUUCCCUGCCAGCCUGGGUUCCAUCUUCCAGGUCCGAGACGCAAGGAACCAAAGCAGCCCUCGCUUUGUGGCAGAGCAGUGGUCCAAGGUCUUGGUGGAGAGCAAGAUCAAUGGCGUUCAGAUCCUUCACUGGGUGGGCCGUCAGAGGAAGCCCUGGCUCCAUUGGGCGCCCCCAGCGCGCUCCGCGCUGGACCGGCUCUGGUGGCUCCAGCACGAGCGGAUGUGCCGAUGGACGCGGCCACGGCAGGAGUGCCGCCUCCAUUGCCGACUCAAGGGCUGAAACCUGUGUGGUUGAGCUGGCA